AUGGGCCAGCCGAGGCAAAAGACGGUGGCGGUUGUUGGGACAGGCUUGACCGGUCUGGUUACGGCUCAUCUGUUGCAUCAAGAUGUCCAACAGCGAUACGCCGUGAAAGUCCUAGAAAGGAAAGAAGAAUGUUCACUGAGCGCCGAAUCAAUCGCCCUCCCUGUAUCAAAAGAUGGCGCCACCAAAUCCGAAUGGGCUGAUGUGCCAAUGCGCGCUUUUGCAGGCGGCUUUUAUAGGAACCUGGUGCGACUGUAUGAUUACCUAGGCGUGCAGUACCAUAGCCAGCAAUUCGUAUUCAGCUUCUCGCGCCUGACGUCGACAGCGAGCGUGCCGUAUAUGGCGCAUGCUUCCAACUUCCAUGCACUGCCGCCCGUUCCUCACAAUGUCGACUUUUUUGCGUGGCUGCUAGAAGCUUUGUAUGCUAUUUUCUUCAACAUAUGGUUCACAUUGUGUGUGUACUAUCUCUCCCCAGUCGAGCAUUCGUCUACUCGACCGGCUGAAAGAUUUGGCGACUACCUGCAGAGGGGUUUUCUGCCGCAGUAUUAUGUGUCCCAUUAUUUAUUGCCUCUCAUGUCGAGUGUCUGUACCUGCUCGCAUCAAGAACUGCUGGAUUUUCCAGCCUCUGAUGUUCUGCAAUACAAGCGCCGCACCCACGGACAGCCACAUUAUGUGGUUGACAGUGGAGUGCGCACUGUCCAGGAUCGGCUAUCUCGUGGACUCGACAUUAGUUUUGGUGUUAGCCUCAGUCGAGUGUUGCCCAAGUCGGACGGAGUUGAAGUCCAUUACACCAACGCUGCCGGAAUCACGAGCGUGGAAUCAUUCGACUUGGUUGUCCUUGCAAUUUCACCAGACGUCGUUGCGGCCGUUUUCGAGCCCCUCAAAGACAAAAUGGAGCGAAUUCCGACCACCGUUGUAGACACUGUCGCACACAACGACACGAAAACGCUGCCUAUCCUGUCUAGCGGCGAGCGUCCAGAACAGCGUCAAAGCAUUCACUUUCGUUCCAGCAAGGACGGCACCGAAGCAAUUCACGAACAGUCUCUGUCUUCAUUCAUUGUCACUACCAACCCGCUGACUCCGAUCGAUUCAUCCUCGGUCUUGAAGUCAGCCACAUUCACUCGCGUGCUUCGCAGCCCCGAGAGCCGAAGAAUCGUGAAUGAUAUUUUUGCCGAGGACAGCGCGAAUCAAGAUGGCACAGAUGAGAAGAGCACGAGGCUAUGGCGAAACGGCGACGAUGGGAUUUAUCUGGCUGGUGGAUGGUGCUGGGACGGGAUGGUCCUGCUGGAGGGAUGCGUCGUAUCUGCAAUGAGAGUGGCCUCCGACCUCGAUGUUGCCAUUCCAUGGAUGUGA